UGGCGAUGACCAGCGCGCAGGGGAAAACACCGGCUUCACUUGGUCGUUUCGUGUCUUUUGCGCAGCGUCGAGCGCCAAAUGAGGCACAUGCCGCAUCGCUGGCCGGUACUUGCCGCUCUUCUUUUUGAUGGGGCAACACCGAAGUGCGGUUUUCUAGACCAGUCGGAGCGUCAGAGGGCAAAAAGUUCUACGAACGCUGAUGUGAGCUCAGACUGAGGAGACAUGUCUGCGGCGCAAGGACUUCUCAACAGCGUCUUCUCCUGCUCGUCCCCUGCCUCCAAGGCCAUAACCAAGCGGAGGCUGCGUCAAACCCGCAGCCUGGACCCCGCCAUCAUACGACACUGCGGCGGCGGAACCGACGAUGCGAGCGGGGCGCCGUUUUCUGCAGCCGCGGACGCAGGUGCGUCCCCGGAGCGCUCGGCGGCGCGUCCGACGUUACGCACGAAGAUUCCGAGCCCGAAGGAGCCCAUCACUCCGUCCCUCUCCUCUCCCUCCAUACCGUUAGACGUGUCUCCGUCCUCCAACUUCCACUUUGACUAUGACACCGUGAAGCGUGCCAAAAGGAAUACCGCCGGGGACCUGCCGCUUCUGGUGAGGGGCACCGGCGCCGUGCCGUCCGGCGGCACCGGCGCCCUGUUCUCCCCGCGGCGGUGGCUCCAGAGGAAAGCGCAGCCGUCCAGCGCUCACUCGUACGUCGUGUGGAAAUCAGAGGGUGAUUUCACCUGGAGCAGCCUGUCGGGCCGGAGCGUUCGCCUGACCCCAGUUGACAUCCAGAGCCUGUCGGAGCUGGAGAGAGCCAGGCUGCAGGAAGUAGCCUACACCCGUUUACAUCAGGACUAUGACCUAGGAUGUCAGAUUACUGUGCCAAAAGAUGGGCAGAAGAGGAAAAAGUCGCUGAGGAGGAAGUUGGACUCGCUGUCGAAGGAGAAGAGCAAAGACAAAGAAUGCAUACCCCAGGCUUUUAGCAUCCCUCUCCCCCAGGUCAUUGCCAACGACAGAACACACAGGCAGCGCCAGGACAGCUUCCGUCAGGACCAUUCGCUGAGGGAGGAGCACAAGGACUCCUCCGACCUUGUUUCGUCCAUUCUGCAGUUCGCCACCAAGCGGCCGUCCAACAAGGAGCUAUCGAGCAGUAACUCCUCCCUGAGCUCCACGUCGGAGACGGCCAACGAGUCGACGUCGCCCAACACUCCGGAAGCGGCGCCCCGGGCUCGCAGGAGGGGAGGAAUGUCCGUGGACUCCAUCACGGACCUGGACGACAACCAGUCCCGCCUGCUGGAGGCCCUGCAGCUGUCCCUGCCGGCCGAGACGCCCAGCAAGAAGGAGAAGCAGCGGGACAAGCGGCUGAGCCUCAAUCCCAUCUACCGCCAGGUGCCGCGGGUGGUGGACAGCUGCUGCCAGCACAUUGAGAAAUACGGUUUGCAGACUGUGGGGAUCUUUAGAGUGGGAAGCUCCAAGAAGAGAGUCCGACAGCUGCGCGAGGAGUUUGACCGCGGCGUUGACGUCCAGCUGGACGAGGAGCACAGCGUCCAUGACGUGGCGGCGCUGCUGAAGGAGUUCCUCAGGGACAUGCCCGACCCCCUCCUCACCAAGGAGCUCUACACGGGCUUCAUCAACACCACAUUGCUGGACCCGGACGAGCAGCAAAGCGUCACCCAGCUGCUGGUCUACCUGCUCCCAGCGUGCAACAGUGACACUCUGCAUCGCCUCCUCGAGUUUCUGUCCACCGUAGCCGACUGCGCUCACGACCGUCAGGACAAAGACGGACAAGAGAUCACGGGGAACAAGAUGACGUCGCUAAACCUCGCCACCAUCUUCGGGCCCAACCUGCUCCACAAGCAGAAGAGCUCGGACAAGGAGUUCAGCGUCCAGAGCUCGGCCAGGGCCGAGGAGAGCACGGCCGUCAUCGCCGUGCUGCAGAGGAUGAUCGCCAGCUUCCAGACGCUCUUCAUGGUGCCUCCUGAUCUGCAAAAUGAGGUUCUGAUGAGCCUCCUGGAGACGGACCCAGAUGUGGUGGACUACCUUCUGAGGAGAAAGGCCUCACAGAGUCCCGACCUGCUGCAGGCGGAGGAGCCCUUCGCGCUGAGCGAGCGCCGCUCCUCCAGCGACUCCAACAAGGCGUCCAGCGGCGAGUUGUCCCCGUACGACAACAACUCCCCGGUGCUGAGCGAGCGGAGGGGGGAACCGGGCAGCCCGGGCAGCGAGCCGCUCUUCCGCGUCCCGGAGCAGUGCGGGCCGGUGGGGCCGGGGUCCGGCUGGAGCCGGGAGCACGGCGCCGACACCUGGGCCCCUCAGGGCGCCGCCUCGGAGGAGCGCGUCAACAUCUGGGGGACCUGGCACAGCACGCUGAAGCCGGCGCUCAAGGACCAGGCCCACACGGGUUCCCAUGGCAACGUGUCGGAGGGAAGCUCCCGCAGCUCGCAGGAAGGUCUGGACGGCGACGGCAAGCAGCAGCAGCAGCAGGCGGCGCUGCAGCGGAGCCAGACGGCGCCCGGCCCCCCUCAGUACCGGCCCCACCCCCCCGUCACCAGAGUGUGCACCAGCCCCCACGCCAAGGCGGGCCGUCCCCCCCUGCAGCUGAUCACUAACCCCUCCGGGACGCGGGGCGCCCACCAUGGAAUGAACCUCACGCCCAAGUCUCAAGCGGGGGCGAACGCCGGCGACGCCCGCUCCCCCCCCCCCUACGACUCCCACCACCGGCUCGCGAGCUCGCCCCAGGGGCGGCAGAGUCACUCGGCCCCGGCCACCGAGGCCCAGGCGGCGCCGCAGACUCCCGAGUGGCAGGACUGGCAAAGGGACCGGUGGCAGAUCUGGCAGCUGCUGUCCUCGGACAAUGCGGACACGCUGCCCGAAACGCUGGUGUGACCCGGCGGCGCCGGCUCCAGCUCCGUCCGCGCCGAUGCUCCCUUCAUCCAUGAAUUUCAUCCUUUUUCCGCGACACGCCUCUCGCUCCUUCGGCAUCUUGGCGCCGCGGCGUUGUUGUUUACGUGUGCAGCUGCUGCCUUAUACAGACUGU